AUGAAAGUCGCUGGGUUCGGUUGGGUUUUAGCUCCCAUUCUAUUGCGACUAGCCAGCGAAGUAGUUGCUGAUUCGAGUUCAUACUUCACUGAAUAUAAUACGAGUCCAAUGAAAGCUGUGGUUGCCAUAAAACACAUCCACGUCUUUGGAGAGUCGAACUACAUGAAGGUCAAGGCCUACAUCCACGACGAUCGCACCCACUUCGACCUCUACGUCCAGAUGCUCCACGAGCUAGGCAGCAACCAUCUGAUUAUAAACAUAAAGGUCCGGGUGAAACCCGAUGGAAGCAGCGUUUUCGUGCCAUUAUUCGAGCUGAGGCGCAUCAACUUCUGUGAAUUUCUCAGCGAAUACCGCUCGAAUCCGGUGAUGCGGUUUAUGUUCAAGAAAAACAUCAAGCUGAACGAAAUCAUCGUUUGCCCGGUCCGCGUGGGAAACUAUUCCAUGCUCAACUCCAAUGUGGCAAAUGGUAUUCAGACCCAAGGCAUCCAGAAUGGCACCUACAAGUUCUUUGCCGAAAUCGUCGAGGAAAUCGGAGAGAUUGCCAAGGUCUUUGCCCUGCAAGUCACCUCGAUGCUGUAUAUUGUAGAAAAGGAUCGGGAGUGUCAAGCCUUAAGAAGUGGCAUUGAAUGUGUGUAG